UUUAUGAAUCAUGCUCGAUUGGUUUCAUUUCAUUCGUUUCAAAUAUCAAACUUGCUUCGUUUGUUUUUUUUUAAUUGUUGUUGUUCACUCUCUUUUUCUCUCUGUAUUUUUUUUUCGUUUGUUCAUAAUCAAAACCAGAACCACAAUUCAAUCAUUUGCAAUCGAUUCAUUCAUCAUAUUAAUAACUUGUUGUUUGUUUAAUGAUGGAAAAUUCAACUAUAACCACCAUUAAUAACAAUGUUAUUAUUGCGGAGACAACUACAGAUUUGAUAACGAUUGAUGAAAUGGAAAAGCCAGAUUCACUACUGGGCAUUUAUAUAUUUUUAACACUUGUCAUUUUUAUCAUCAUUUUGUUGAUAUUCUCCAUCAUUUGUAAUCGAGCAUCAAAAACUACAACGCCAUUAAAACAAAUAUCAGCUAUGGAAGAACAUUGGCAACUACGUCAAUUUGUCAUUGAUGAUCAUGAUGAUGAUAAUGAUGAUGAACAACAACAAGAUAUUGAGGAAAUUAUAUCCGAAACAUCGGCUAUUCAUUUUAUGGGUGCACCAUGUUCAACACAAAAUGGCGGUAUUAUCAAAUGUUCAAAAUCUAAAUGUCAACAUAUGAUGAACAUUAAAAAUGAACGGCAAAAACGACAAAAACAAAAUUCAAAACAUGUUUCUUUUGUUCGAAAACCAAAAGUGAUCAUUGUUUAUAAUGAUGAAAAUCCUUGUCCAACAAACAACUCACAGAUUGAAACACGUAAAUCAUCGUUAACCAAUAAUUCAAACAUGAAAAAUUUGACAGACAAUGAUGUUUUUGGUGAUGUUGGCAAUCAAAAACGUUUAGAAUCGAUUAUUGAUGGUAAUAUAAUCGAGGAAAUUGAUAAUCUUAUGGAAUGUUCAUAUAAUCGAAUCAGUAGCUAUUUAAAAUGUCAAGAAGAGCUCAAACAACUUGCACAGGAUUUAUCGGAUAAUGAUGAUGAUGAUGAUGAAAAAUCCAGAUCAUCAAUUAUUAAUGUUCCAAAUGGUUAUGAUGGCAUUUAUAGAAAUUUCGAUAUUUGAAACCCAAUGUCAAGGCUGUAUUUCAUUUUUUGGAUAAAUACGUGGUUAUUGCCAAUUCCAAAUAUAAUUAUUCAUUGAU